UGUUCUAGAACAACAUUCCCUAUAAAAGCAGGCGGCGUUGGCCGCUCACAAUCAUUUGAAAACAAGCAAGCGUGCGAAGCUGCCAGCAAUUCGAAGUGCGAUACCAGUGCAAAUUUGUUGAAUUCAAUUCUACUUUCUGAAGUCAAUACUUAUAAUCAACAUGCCAGAAGAAAAUCAAGAAGUUGAGACCUUCGCCUUCCAGGCUGAGAUUGCUCAGUUAAUGAGCUUGAUCAUUAACACCUUCUACUCCAACAAAGAAAUCUUCCUCAGAGAAUUGAUUUCCAACUCUUCUGAUGCUUUGGACAAGAUCCGAUAUGAAUCUCUUACCAAUCCAAGCAAGUUGGAUUCUGGCAAGGAUCUCUACAUCAAGAUCAUUCCCAACAAAGAAGAGGGUACCCUCACCAUCAUUGAUACUGGUAUUGGUAUGACCAAAGCUGAUUUAGUUAAUAACCUGGGUACCAUUGCUAAAUCGGGCACCAAGGCUUUCAUGGAAGCGUUGCAAGCCGGCGCUGAUAUUUCCAUGAUUGGUCAGUUUGGUGUUGGUUUCUAUUCAGCAUACCUAGUGGCAGAUAAAGUGACAGUCGUCUCACGCAACAACGAUGACGAGCAGUACCUUUGGGAAUCUUCUGCUGGAGGCAGUUUCACUGUACGCACCGACCACAGCGAACCCAUCGGACGUGGUACCAAGAUCGUCUUGCACAUUAAAGAUGAUCAGUCUGAAUUUUUGGAAGAAAACAAAGUUAAGGAGAUCGUUAAGAAGCAUUCUCAGUUUAUUGGGUAUCCAAUCAAAUUGGUUGUCCAGAAAGAGCGUGAGAAGGAGUUGAGCGACGACGAGGGCGCCGAAGAGGAAAAGACUGAAGAAGGUGAAGACAACAAACCUAAAAUCGAAGACGUAGGCGAGGAUGAAGAGGAAGACAAAGAGAAGGACAAGAAAAAGAAGAAGACAAUCAAAGAGAAAUACACUGAAGAUGAGGAACUUAAUAAGACCAAGCCGAUUUGGACUCGCAACGCUGACGACAUCAGUCAGGAUGAAUAUGGUGAGUUCUACAAGUCCCUCACUAAUGAUUGGGAAGACCAUUUGGCUGUAAAGCACUUCAGCGUUGAAGGCCAGUUGGAAUUCCGUGCUCUGCUCUUCGUUCCCCGCCGCGUGCCCUUCGAUCUCUUCGAGAAUAAGAAGCGCAAGAACAAUAUCAAGCUGUACGUACGCAGAGUUUUCAUCAUGGACAACUGCGAGGAGCUUAUCCCUGAGUACCUCAAUUUCAUGAAGGGUGUCGUCGAUUCCGAAGAUUUACCUCUCAACAUCUCUCGUGAAAUGUUGCAACAAAACAAGAUCUUGAAAGUCAUCCGCAAGAACUUGGUCAAGAAAUGUAUGGAACUCUUUGAAGAGUUAUCUGAAGACAAGGACGGGUACAAGAAGUUCUACGAACAAUUCUCUAAGAACAUGAAACUGGGUAUCCACGAGGACUCUGCUAACCGUUCCAAGUUAGCCGAUCUUUUGCGCUAUCACACAUCCGCCAGCGGUGAUGAGGCGUGCUCUCUCAAGGAGUAUGUCAGCCGCAUGAAGGCUAACCAGAAACAUAUCUAUUACAUCACCGGCGAGUCCAAGGAGCAGGUCUCCAACUCUUCAUUUGUCGAAUUGGUUAAAAAGCGUGGCUUUGAGGUUGUUUACAUGACCGAGCCUAUUGAUGAGUACGUCGUCCAGCAAAUGAAGGAGUACGACGGCAAGCAACUCGUCUCCGUUACCAAAGAGGGCUUGGAGCUUCCCGAAGACGAGGAGGAGAAGAAGAAGCGUGAAGAAGACAAGACCAAGUUUGAAGGCCUGUGCAAGGUGAUGAAGACUAUUUUGGACGCUAAGGUCGAGAAAGUCGUCGUCUCCAACCGUCUCGUCGAAUCGCCAUGCUGCAUUGUUACUUCGCAAUACGGCUGGACCGCCAACAUGGAGCGCAUCAUGAAGGCACAAGCCCUUCGCGAUACCUCUACCAUGGGUUAUAUGGCCGCCAAGAAGCACUUGGAGAUCAACCCCGAUCACUCCAUUAUCGAAAAUUUGCGUGUGAAGGUAGAUGCCGAUAAGAACGACAAGUCAGUUAAAGAUCUCGUCGUUUUGCUUUUCGAGACCGCCCUCUUAAGCUCUGGUUUUGCUCUGGAUGAGCCACAAGUGCACGCUUCUCGCAUUUACCGCAUGAUCAAGUUGGGACUUGGCAUUGAUGAAGAGGAUAUGGUUACUGAAGACUUGCCCGCUGGUGACGCCCCUCCUGCCGAAGGCGAAUCUGAAGAUGCUUCUCGCAUGGAAGAAGUCGAUUAAACAACUUGGACGCUAUUACACCCACGUUCAAUUCUAAAUUAUUGCGUUAUAUUAAUCGCACGCUCACAGACCAUCAUGCUAUCAUUCAUUCCUCUUUUUGUAUAUAACUUAUUUACAUCAGUUCAUUUUUUACGUUUCUUUUUUACUUUACUAGCGAGCCUUAGUAAAGGAUUUAUUACGCGAUGUUGCAGUUCAAAUUGGCUGUGUAUGGGAUGAAAUAAACCAAAAAUUAAAUAUUAACUGAUGCCAUGUGGAAUAUGUACCGACUUUUGUUUUCAAAUAAAGACUCAACAAUACAAAAAUA